AUGGUUUCUGCCCUUGCCACCAUGCGGUAUGCCCCUGGCGUCGCCAUCGCCGUCGCCCCGCUCCUCCUCCUCCUCCUCCUCCUCAUCGCCACGGCCUUCGUCACGACCUCCGCUGGUGAGACAGGCGAGGCCGACGACCCGGACGCCGCGCGCGACGACAACCAGAGGAUCAUCCUGGACUGCACGAUGAGGUGCGUGACCGAGGCGAUGGGCUGCGCCACGAGGUGCGCGGGCGCGCGCCCCGAUGAGGCGCCCGUGUGCGCCGCGGCCUGCGUCCAAAGCGACAUCGGCUGCCUCGCCGGCUGCAGGGCCGCCGCAGCCUGGACGACCUGA